UAACUUGAUGCUUGUACCUGUCAAGCUCGUCGGUGUUUCGCUGAAAUGCCGGUCGGCUUCAGCCUCGCAGGGCUCGACACGGACCCACGCCUCGGUCCGAGCUUCCACCCGCGAAGUGUCUUCAACGUGGCGGUGCGUUAAAGGACUGAACACCGCUUUGGUCCCGGAGGGGGGUUAUUCGACUCUACAGCGGUCUGCAUUACAACGGAAUGGGAGCUGAAUGAAUUGAAAGUCGGACGGUGGACACGGGCUGAUGGACCGGGGACAACAGGGGCAACAGAAGCCCGCAGUACUCAGAUACAUGACCUAGAUACCGCAGAGCUUAACGGACGCGUCUUCAGGACAUCCCUGCUGUAGUAACUGACGUCCUGUAACAACCUCGUAAUAAGUGACCUUCAUCUUUUUUUUUUUAUUUGCUGUUGCUGAACUGUCCAUAACAAGGUGAAUGUGUAUGAUUAUCAUCCAUGCAGACCAUGACCUAUGCAAAAUAAUGGCACAAGAUCAACAGCGUGAAAGGGUUUCCAUGCCGGGUGUUUUUCUGACCUUUGCUUUAGGGUUAAGAGGAAACCAGAUGAAAAAUUAACCAAGCAGGUGGCCCGAGGAUCCUGGAUACUACGCUCUCCCCUGCCAUUUUCUCUCAGUAGACUAUGACAUUACACCAGCUUUGCUCUUUGGAUUACAGCUCACCAGGCCCGCAGCAAAGCCGGGAUCAAAGGUCGAAAGAAGAGCCUUAUCUAUAAGCAAAAUCAUUUAUGGUGAUCAGCAAUAAAUUAAACUGCCCCGCAAUAACAAAGUCCGAUUCUAAUAGACUUUGGGCCUGUGUUGCCGUUAUGCUCCUGAACUGUGGGCAGCCGUUACCUCUUCUGAGGCACACGGACGUGCCGCCUCGGGUCAUAGAGAACUUCAUCCUGACUGGCUACCGCUUCCCAAACUACAGCCUGGUGGACUGCUUGCUCUCAGCGUUCCGGCCCACCAAUGAAACGGGCAACUUCUGGACCCAUUUCCUCCCGGUUUUUAUUUUUUCGUACUAUUUCGUGGAGGUGUUCGGUUGGGAGGGUGCGCCCCACAGUGACGCCCCGUUCUUCUACCCUCUGUGGAACUACUUCAUCGGGGUAUUCUGUCUGUUAAUGGCUAGCAGCAUGGCCCACCUGCUCAACUCCAUGUCUCUGGUGGUAAGAGAAGUCUGCUUUUUUGUUGAUUACGGCACAAUCAGUUCCUACACGGUUGGCUCGUCGUUGGCAUACUACUACUACAUCCACCCUCGGGCGGGGAUAGUGGAGACCGGAGGCCAAAAUGGCUCCCAUGUGGACUUGAAAGGUGAACCCGCAGGAUCUCAAACAUCAACCUAUGCAAUCCCUGAUUUCGGCGUGUUCUUUGAGACUUUCUACAUCCCGUCCGCAUGCGUUGUAGCAAUCAUUUGUGUCUUAUCUUGCUGCAACUCUCGCCAGAGGUGGAGGCGACAUCGGUACCUCAUCCGAACCUUUGUUUUCCUCCUCCCGUUCCUCCUUUCCUCCACGCCAGUCUUCUACCGCCUCCUCACCAGAUCACCUUACUCCACCACCUCCUCCUCUUUUGCUGCUUCCACCUCCACGGCCAGCUACUUUUACCGCCACUGCCUGUGGCUGCUGGGGUCCGCCGUCUUCAACAUCAGCAAGGUCCCCGAGCGGCUGGCCCCGGGUCGCUUCGACAUCUGGGGCCACAGCCACCAGUGGUUCCACUGUUGCACGUUUUUGUCCAUCCUCGACGAACUCCACAUGAUCAAGACUGAAUUGAAGGCGAUCCUGCUCAGCCCGAGUCUCGUGCUGCCCCCUGCCACCCUCUCUCGCCUACCGGGCCCCACCGUCGCCUCCACCUAUGGGGUGAUGUGCCUCCUCCAGACCACCAUCGUCUCCGUCAUCGUGUGGUUCUCCUGGCACGCCAACUGCAUCUACGGACCGCAGAGCGAUCAGCUAGCAAAGGAACGCCCCAAGAAACACCUGAAAUGCCACUAAUCGCAAAGACAUCUUUUUUUAAAUCAUUCUAACUGUGAAGGAAGAUUUGCACAUGCAUACAGAGCCGUGCCACAAAAAGAUGGGCACAAAUAAAAAAAAAUGGUCCCUCCUGAUUUUUAAGUCCUUCACACGUUCCACCCCCUUCAGGAGCGUUUUUCAGACUCUAAUAAUCGGGGACAACGUUAAAUGAAAGGAUUAUAUUCUGGUUGAGUGGAUAUUGAAAGACAUUGCCAGUGGUUUCCCCUGAGCUGUUUCGGCAUGUUCCAACAGGAUGUCUGAGCAGGGGCGAUAACACAUACCUGUAGGGACCGCACACUUCAGGACACAGGAGACCAUGUUUCAUGUAACGUUUGGGUAAUGUGGCUUUAAAGUCGCUGUGUGUAGUCUGCUGGCAAGUAGUUCCUCCUGUGGCACUUCCCCUUGCUCUGACCUUACAUUUCGCAUCUCUUCAUAGGUUGUGGUAGAACCUAGUUUCAUGUCUCUGGCCUUUGUUAACCACAUGUUUCUCUUCCUCUGCCUUCCACGAGCGCAGUCUCAUUUCCUCUCGUUCCGAAAGACCCUUGCAGCAGGAAGUGGGGUGGCCUUGACGACGCAAUAGAAAUAGCUUAGAGCUCAUAUCAGUCGUACUGUAAAGCACUUUCAAGGGGGCCGGUCCAACCUGUCCUGUCAUUAAUUAAGAAGCCAUGCUCGCUAAAUACUUUAAAGGACGCGUAACAUUACUGAGGCGUACAUUGAUGUCCUGCUGACGUGCUCUGUUGGAGUACUUGGGUUUAUUCAUUGUGAAGUGUGUAGUGUGAAUACAUCUGUUGUGUGUACGGGUUCUAUUAC